AUGAUUGAUUGGUCCGGAGUAUUGUCAGGGGCGCCAGCUCCGGCACCUUCACCGCCUGCUGCGGCUAAGGCCAAAGCCCAAGCGAAAGCCAAAGCGAAAGCCAAGGUGAAAGCCAAGGCGAAAGCGAACCCGACAAUCAGCGCUGAGCUGUUGCGGGCCAGAGUAGACAAGUGCCAGUGGUGUGGCCAGAAGCGACAUGGUUGGUGCGACAACUCACUACUUUUCUACUGCGAGACAUGCUGGGGUAGCUACGAUGCGCUUGAGGUAGAUGGUGAGGAGUAUGCCGGAAAAGAAUGGCAUGAUGCGAUCCUGGAGGCUGACAACUUAGCAGCAGGGAACGACGAUGUGGACAGUGGGGAAAUGAUGGAAGCCAUGAAGGACUGUCUCAAGGAGAUAGAUGCAACCCGCUACCACCCGGAGGAGGAUGCAGCUGAAAGCGAGGAGGAUGAAGAUGACGAAGUUGCUGAUUUGGACCAAGCCUUCAGAAAAGAAGCGAGGGUCGAAGCUCCGGAACUCCAGCAGGCCCAUGUCAUCGUUAUCGUGGAUACUUCUGGCUCCAUGCGGACAGUUGAUGUGAAGCCAGAUAGAGGGAGUGAGUGGGUUUCUCGCAUGGCUGCGGUGAGGGUGACGCUUGCCGCCUUUUUCGAGAAGCAGGUACAAGCAGCGAGCCCACAUCGUUUUUCCCUCAUUUCUUUCAGCGAGAUAUCACACAUGCAUUUCUGCGCGAAAACCGCAGACCGGGCCACGAUGCUUGUGAAUUCAUCGCUGAGUUUUGCAGCCAGCCACGGCACGCACUUCGUAGCUGCGCUGGAAUCUGCAAAGACGGCGCUGUCUAAAGCUGCUGGCACGCCCCAUCUUCUCAUCUUCAGCGAUGGCCGUCCAGCAGAUGGAGCGAAGACGUUGGCCCUCGUGCAGGACAUGUUGAAGGAGCACACAUCACUCCGGAUUCAUGCCAUCGGCUUUGGAGAUGGGCUGGAGUUCGAGAUGCUACAGCAGUUGACAUCCAUUGGACGUGGCACCUUUGCGCCGUCGGGUCGGUCGGUGGCUGCCCUGCACGGAGCUUUUGCAUCUGUCACGUCAACGAUUACACUGCAACAGACGGUCACUAGCCGCACGAGCAAGUCGAGCACGUUCUCUUUCCAAGGUGGCCAUGGCCCGGGGCAGGCCAGCCGCGACGAGGCUCAGCACAAAGCCAAGGAGAAGAGUUUGAACCAGAGGCAAGUGACCUUCGAGUAUGCCCACAAAUUCGUCUGGGAUGACAAAUCCCUCAACUUUCCAUGUAGCCGCCGUGGACUGAAUUUCAAUGGCAAAGGAUUCCGCGAGUACCUGCAUCGACCUGCCUCAUUGUUUGCGCCUGUGUACAUCAGACUCCAGCCGUUCACAGAGGGAGGGAUGCGACAUGUAUAUUGUUUCAAAGACUCGAGCGUUCACCUUUGGGCAGAGCAGGGCCGUGACGAAGUGGCCAUGCAGGCAGCAGGGACUGAUGCGCGCAUGGUAGCGAAGCUGUCAAGGUACUCCGAUGAGUGGCACAACUCCUUCGAUGUCGUGUCAUCCUAUGCCAAGAGCAGUGCAAUAGCCAAGUGGUUCUCCCGCAUAUUCAUGCUUGCGGCAGCUGACAGACUUGGUUUGAAAGGGCGCAGCAUGGCCCGAAUUAUCUUCGUGGAGUGCUACAUUUACGAGGCAAGGGACGGAUACGAUGCACCUACCAAGUUCUUUGUCGGUGAACGGUAUUUGCCAGGAUCCUUCCUCAAGUACAACUCGAAUCAUGGCUACGUGAAUCCGGAAGCCCCCGACACAGAGAUCGCGCAGGCAUUCUCGCACUUCACCUUUGAGGCAAGCGGAGGAAAACACAUGGUACUCGACCUGCAGGGUGUGUAUGUGGAUAAGGAACAUCGACGUCGGCCGCACAUCAUCAUGACAGAUCCGCAAGUGGUGUCCCUGGAGAAAGCUUUCGGGCCUGGUGAUCUGGGUGUCGAGGGUAUGCGUGCUUUCUUCCACAGUCACAAGUGUGGACCGACGUGUCGUCAAAUGCGGCUGGAUCCAUACACCCUCAAGAGACUCCGCCGCAUCAUCCGCAGGAAGAAGGUGGGAUGUACUGGACCCGAACAGGACGGCGACGUCAGCUCCGCGCCCGCGCCGGUAGGGGAGGUUGCGCCGCCUGCUCUGAUGCCGCCUACCCCUAGUGAGUCUGGGAGCAUCAUGAGCCUGCGGGCUCCAGAGGCAGUCGCCCCUUUGCAACCAGAGGCAACUCCAGGCAGUGAAGCUCCUGCGUCGAGUGCGUUGACAACUUACGUUCCUAGCCAGCCCAAGGCAGACAUGGCAUCUGAAGGGCAGUUGCUCAGUCGCCACUCUUCGGCUGUGGGUUCCAAGGCAGGAGGUCCUUUGUCGGCCGUCAUGGCUCGCUCACCUGCUGUCACAGAGCGGCCAAGUUUCGAAUCAUGGUUGCAAAGCCAAAGCACACAGCAAGACUCUCUUCGUGCCAGUGCUCCACCUUUCCGGCCGGCCUCGGCGCCAGAGCCCCUCACCAGUCAGAGCAUGGCCACGCCGCCAGCAACCACCAUCCUUGCCGCCCAGCCUUCGACUCCUCCAGGAGAAGUCGGACUCAGCCUUGCAGACUCAGGUGCAAGCCGUGCAUCCACGAGUUCGUUGAGAUCCGAGGAAGGUGGGUCGUCGGAUUCCACGGCCGAUCGGCCGCCAAGCCCUCAACAGGAAGCCAGGAAAACGGUCAUCUACGGCCCUGGCGGUCAGAAGCUCUCCACAAACUGUGCGAGCCGCGAAGAUGUUGCCAAGGCCAUUGUUGCGCAGUGGUCAAUUCCCGAAGAGGAGCAGCUCCUCUUUCAAGAGUCCUCCUCGCAGACCGGCACAGACUUCUUCCGUGUGGAGCGCAAGAUGGACCCAAGGAAGCUGAGGUUCACCCAAGCCAGCAUCAGUCCAACCUUCCGCGACGGGCGGCAGAUCUUCCAGCUCAUGAACGAUCUUAACUCUCAGGAGGUCGACCCCCUUCGAGAGCUCGAGCCCUUAGAUGUUGUGUGGCACAACGGGUAUUGGCGGUCUUUGUCGAACCGUCGACUGUGGACCCUGAAGCAUUGUACAGCGGCGAUGACCGACCAGGCACUUUUCGUCCGGGUUCGCGUCCGAGCACCGGAUGCGGAGUUCCGGACGAAGUUGACCAGCACCAAUGAUGGUGUAUCGGUUUUGAUUAUGAACCGUGCGCGCUCGCCUUCGCCAACGGCAGCGCGUUGA